AUGGCAAAGCUCUAUGACGAUUUCAACAGCUUGGUUUUUGUUGGCGAGAGAUUGAUUCCAUUUGCUCGAGGUGAACUCUCGUUCAUCGAGCAAUUCAGAGAGAACAACAUGUUGGAGCAUUUCUACAGAGACACUUACGGAUUCCCAGAGUAUAAUGUCUACCUUGGCCGCAUGGUGAAACAAAUUGCUCACCGUUAUCAACACAUGGAUAUCUUAGAGAUAGGCGCUGGUACUGGAAGUUCGACUCGCGCUGCACUAAACCACAUCGGUGACAACUACUCGUCGUAUACAUAUACCGAUAUCUCAGCUGGCUUCUUUGAGGAAGCAAAGGAGCUCUUUAGCGAUCACUCCAGCAAGAUGAUCUACAAGCCUCUCAACGCUGAGCAUGAUCCUACUACGCAAGGCUUCUCAGAGCACUCUUAUGACUUGGUGAUCGCAUCCAACGUCCUCCACGCGACCCGAUCUCUCGAGGAGACUUUAAAAAAUGCACGCAAAUUAUUAAGGCCUGGAGGCUUUCUGAUUCUGUUCGAAAUCACCAACAAUGAGCCUCUACGAAUCGGUUUCAUGUUCAGCGGUAUCCCUGGCUGGUGGGUUGGUGGAGACGACAACCGAGUCCAUAGCCCAUUGGUAUCCCAGAAAGUGUGGGACUCGACGUUUCGCAAGACCGGUUUUUCGGGUAUCGACACAGCUACUCCCGAUUCCAAGGUUUUCUUGGUUCCUUUUUCCAUUAUGGCUACUCAAGCCGUCGACACGCAGAUGAACUACAUCAGGAAGCCCCUGUCGCUCGCUGGCUCGAAACCUGUGAUCGACAACUUGCUGGUCCUCGGUGGAGCCAAAUUGCCAACUCUUCGUCUGAUCGAUGAUGUCGCCUCUCUUCUCAAGCCACUCUGCAAGAACAUCGCGACAGUGGACAGAUUGGAAGACCUGGACAUGUCUAUUAUCGCUUCCAAGCCUACGGUCCUAAGCCUUACAGAGCUGGAUGCUCCAGUCUUCAAUCCUUUCACGGAAGCGAAGUUCAAAGCCGUGCAAACCCUUCUCGAUCAGUCGAAGAAUGUCCUUUGGAUAAUCCAAGGUAGCAGGGGAGACCGACCAUACGCCAACAUGAUGCAGGGAGUCGCCCGUUGCCUGGUUGCUGAGAUGCCAGAUCUUCGCCUGCAAUUCCUCGAUGUAGACGUUGCUGAGAAACCCGACGCGAAGCUCCUUGCCGAGACUCUACUGCGACUGCAAAUCUCAGACUCAUGGAAGUCUACGAAUGACUCUUACAAGCCUUUAUGGACGGUCGAGCGAGAGCUCGCAAUCUCCAAGGGCUGCGUUGAGAUUCCACGCUACAUACCAAACGAUGGACCGAAUGACCGCUUCAACUCUGCAAAGAGAUUGAUCAGGAAAGAUGCCUCCAUCAAAACCUCGGUCGUGACCAUCACUUCUUCCGACUCAUCAUACGAUCUUCAGGAGUACCAUGCACCGAAGAUCUCAGAACUCACCCAUGAUGAUGAUAGCUUGAUGAUUGAAGUCAGCCGGUCCGUUUUGACUGCGCUGAAGCUUAAGUCAGUAGGAUACUUGUACAUCGUCAUAGGUGUGGUUGCCGGGACACAGAAAAAGGUCAUUGCUAUAUCUGAGGGCAAUCGAUCCGUCGUCUCCUGCCCCAAGAGCUGGACCCAUCCCUGCCCGGUUGCUGAGGAUCAGGAGAGCCGCCUACUUCUUGCAAUCGCAAAUGACCUUUUAGCCGAUGCUAUCAUUGGUAAAGCCACAAAAGGAAGCUCACUGCUUGUGCACGAGCCUACACCAUUGCUCAAAUCAGCAGUCAGCAGGCUAGCCAAGGAAAAAGCUCUACUUGUGGCGUACACUACUACAAAGUCCGACCAAUCUGGGAUUCACCGUCUUCAUCCAUCCACCCCAGACCGAGCCAUCGAACACUGCAUACCAAAGCAGGUCUCAAUAUUCGUCGACUUUUCCGGAAGCGCAGAUCCAAACGAGAUUGGAGCUCGCAUUGAAAAGCACCUCCCACUGCGAUGCAAACGGAGCAAAGCCGCCGCACUCUUCAACCCGCGGUCCUUUAUCCGACCAGGGCACUCUGGAGUCACAGUCUCGAAAACUCUUCAGAAGUCCUAUGCCCGGUCACUGGUGGAGCUCUCGGGUGGCAAUUCAUUUGGCCAAGUCCAAGAGAUUGCUCUGAAAGACAUUCCGGAGCAUCCGGUAGAGAGUGGAACUCUUUGCACUGUAAAUUGGACUGCUGCCGCCACAGCACCAGUCAGAAUCCUACCUGCUGAGUGUGACACUCAAUUUCGAAAUGACAGGACCUACUUCUUGAUCGGACUGACUGGUGAACUUGGGCUAUCGCUCUGCCACUGGAUGGUGAAGAGGGGUGCCAAGUAUCUCGCUCUGACAAGCAGGAAGCCAAACAUAGACCAGGGUUGGCUCAAUAUGAUUCAAGAGAUGGGUGCUGUUGUGAGGCCCUUCGCAAUGGAUGUCAUCGACAAGGAGUCUGUCAUUGCAGUGCACAAAGUCAUCUGCAGCACGAUGCCUCCGAUCGCCGGUGUUGCUAAUGCCGCUAUGGUCCUUAUAGACGGUCUUUUCACCAACAAGACACACGAAGAGUUCAACAAGACCCUUCGAGCCAAAGUGGACGGCAGUAUCAUACUUGACGAACUUUUCCCUGGGAACGACCUCGAUUUCUUCAUCCUCUUUUCCUCCCUUGCUUCGGUCACAGGUAACAUCGGUCAGACAAGCUACGCAGCAGCCAAUGCCUUCAUGGCCGCCUUGAUCGCUGGGCGAAGAAAGCGAGGUGUCGUCGGAAGUGUAAUGAACUUGGCUGGUAUCUUUGGACUUGGCUACAUCACUCGCACAGACAAAGGCAUCUUGGACCGUCUAGGCAACAUGGGCUACGCCAACAUCUCGGAGUGGGAUUUCCACCAGUUCUUCGCGGAAGCAGUCCACGCUGGACGUCCUGAGUCUGGAAGGAGCCCAGAGUUAUCAGCUGGUCUCCAGUCUUUCGACCCUGAGAAUGACGCCAACCCACCGGCGUGGUUGAGCAUCCCCAAAUUCUCCCAUUACCGACGAAUCAAGACUAUCGGACAAAACGCUGGGGGCGCUGCCAAAGGUAGUGUUUCCGUCAAGACGCAGCUGAAAGAGCAGACAAGCGAGGAGGCUGUCUACCAAACACUGCUAGAUGGAUUGCUCUCUAUGUUGUCUGAUCGUCUGCAUUUGUCUCCCGAAGACAGCAUCUCUCCAGAAACCACGAUAGUCGAGCUAGGCGUGGACUCACUGGUGGCAGUUGAUCUACGAUCCUGGUUCACUAACGAGCUCGGUCUCGAUAUGCCAGUUCUCAAGAUCCUUGGAGGUGCAAGUGUGGCGGAUCUUAUUGAGGACGCAGUCAAGAGACUUCCAGCAGAGCUGGUCCCAAAUCUUGUUUCGGGCUCCGAAGCCGAGGCUGAUCCGACCAAGCCGAUCGAAGAGCAGCCCAAGGAAGACACUAUCGAUGCGGCCAUCGAAAUCAAUGAAGAAACAACCGAGUCGACUCUCGAAUCCAGGGCGGAGACGACCGAGUCCGAGGGAGAUAAAGAUGGCUCUCUGUCAUAUGAAGAUUCGGAAUCAUCUCAAUCAUCGACGACACCACCAUCAGUCGAAGCAGAAGAGUCAUCUACAGAGAUCAGCAUUUCGAACAUUGACGACAUCUUGGAGCACAAGGAUGAUGCUUUCCCUGUGGUCCAGAAGCAGUCGUUCCAAAAGACAACAAGAAUGUCUUACGGCUCGUCACGGUUUUGGUUCUUGAAGCAAUACCUGGAGGACCCGACCACCUUCAACCUCCUCUGCCGCACCAAGUUGAGCGGUCACCUCAAGGUGGCUGAACUUGAACGCGCAGUCUCAGCGGUGGGGCAAAGGCACGAAGCUUUCCGGACUGCCUUCUUCGCCAACACUGAGCGCAUGAACGAGCCAACGCAAGGAGUGCUUGCCUCAUCGAGGCUUCACUUAGAGAAGAAAUCGAUUGCGGCUGAGGCAGAUGCCAUCAAGGAAUGCGACAUCAUGAUGAAACACAUAUUCGACCUGGAACAAGGAGAGUCCAUCAGGAUCCUUCUAUUAUCGCUCAACCCAACCACGCAUUUCCUCGUCUUCGGAUUCCACCACAUCGCCAUUGAUGGAUUCAGCUUCAAUAUUCUUCUAUCGGACUUGAACAAGCUCUACGCAGGGCAAUCGCUUCCUUCCGUCAGCUGCCAGUUCACCGACUUUGCUGCGAACCAGCGAAAGGAAGUCGAAAGCGGUGCAAUGAAAGGAGAGCUCGAGUACUGGAAGAAAAUGUUUUCCACCUUCCCAGACCCCUUGCCGCUAUUCCCCAUGGCCAAGGUUAACUCUCGUCUUCCAUUGAAGAGGUAUGACUACCAACAGACCGAGUUGAUCCUGGACUCCAAGACUGCCAGUCAGAUUAGAGACACAUGCCGUCGAUACAAAUCGACUACAUUCCACUUCUUCCUUGCCGUCCUCAAGAUCUUCUUGUUCCGCUUUCUAGACAUCGAGGAUGUGUGUGUCGGCAUGGCAGAUGCAAACAGAACGGACAGCAAUUCCACUGGUACCAUUGGUUUCCUCUUGAACCUGCUACCACUUCGAUUCAAGGCGAACUCAAAGCAGAACUUUGCCGAAGCCAUCAAAGAGGCUCGAGACAAGGCAUACAGUGCGCUAGCUCACUCCAAGCUGCCCUUCGACGUCCUCUUGGAGGAGCUCGACAUCCCACGCUCUUCAACGCACAGCCCGCUUUUCCAAGUGUUUAUGGACUAUCGCCAGCUCGCGGUAAAGUCCCCAAAGAUGUUGGGCGCUCAGGCAGAUGGUGUAGCAUCGACGGGACGCACAGCCUAUGACCUAACACUGGACGUCAACGAGGUCUCGGGUGAUGAGAUAAAGAUUGCAUUCAGGACACAGAAGUAUCUGUACUCGCAGACCAGCACGGACAUUCUCUUCAAGAGUUACGUCCGUUUGGUAAAGGAGUUUGCCUCGAGCUUCGAUGUCGCACCAAGCAAAGUGCAGCUGUUUGAUUCUGCCGAUACGAAAGCUGCGAUCAAUCUUGGUCGAGGUAUGUCAAGCUCAGAAGUCUUGUUGAGUCGCACUGAUUCGAAAACAGGUCGUCUUAUGGAAUCUGAUUGGCCUGCAACCAUCGCGCACCGUGUUGAUGACAUGGUGAUCGAGCAUGGCGAAAGUAUCGCCGUCAAAGAUGGUAUGGGCACUGCACUGACAUACAGUGAAUUGGCCGGGCGUGCCGAUGCCAUCAGCACCUCCCUUUCUAAGGUUGGUGUGAGUGCUGGUUCAACAAUUGCGGUAUUCCAGGAGCCAUCAGCAGAUUGGAUCUGCUGCCUCCUAGCCAUCUGGAAGUUUGGCGGUGUCUACGUUCCUCUUGAGCUACGCAACGGAAUCCCUCGACUUGCCAUAAUUGUCAAAGAUUGCCAACCUGGCGCGAUACUUUGCCACGAUAAGACCGCCAACGAUGUGCCUGCUUUGGGCUCCAAGUCGGCAAAAGUCAUCAACGUUUCCAAUGUGAACUCCAAUGAGAUCAUAGCUUUUGCAAAUAAAGCACAACCUCAAGCUCCAGCUGUCAUCUUGUAUACCAGCGGAUCUACUGGUGUACCAAAGGGUAUCAUCCUGCGUCACUCCAGCAUCCGAAACGAAAUGGAAGGCUACAGCAAAGAAUGGAAUAUUGGCCGGGAGACAGUUCUCCAGCAGAGCGCUUACUCGUUCGAUUUCUCUCUGGACCAAAUGCUCUCCGGCCUUGCCAACGGAGGCACAGUCUACGUGGUGCCAGAGUCUAAGCGAAGAGACCCGGCCGAACUGGCGAACUUGAUCAACAAUGAGAAGAUCACCUACACCAAAGCGACUCCCUCUGAGUAUUCCUCUUGGCUUCGUUAUGGCUGGACAUCUCUUGCUAGAGCCUCUCAAUGGAAAUACGCGUUCGGUGGUGGAGAGGCAUUGACCAGCACUCUCGUUCAGGGUUUCCGCGAUCUGAACAACACAGGUUUACGGCUCUUCAAUUCAUACGGACCCGGCGAGGUGACGAUCUCUUGCACAAAAUCGGAGAUCAAAUACUGGGAGGCUUCGCAGAACUCUGAAGAAGCAAUCCCAGCCGGAUUCCCCCUACCCAACUACGCACUAUAUAUCGUCGACAGAAACAUGGACCCCGUUCCUGUUGGCGUCACUGGUGAAAUUCUCAUCGGCGGCGCAGGAUCCGCCCUCGGGUAUUUGAACAACGACAGAUUGACGAAGACUAAAUUCAUCCCGGACAUUAACCCAUCCCCAGAGUACGCUUCCAGAGGCUGGACAACCGUGUACAAGAGCGGCGACUUGGGUCACCUACGCAGCGAUGGUGCGCUCAUCUUCGAGGGAAGAAUCGAAGGCGAUACUCAGAUCAAGUUGCGAGGCAUCCGGAUCGAAUUGGAAGAUAUUGAGAACACGAUCAUCGAAGCUGCAGGUGGUGUCAUCUGCAAAGCUGUCUGCUCCGUUCGUGGAGAUCCGCAAUUCCUUGUCGCCCACGUGGAAUUCUCAACGACCUACCCCAAUGGCGAGCGAGAGCAGUUCAUAAAGACUUUGGGUGUUCGACUGCCACUUCCGCAAUACAUGCGUCCUGCUAGGAUGAUUGCCCUGGACAUGAUCCCACUCAACAGUCACUCCAAAACAAACAGGCUGGCCAUCAACGCACUACCAUUGCCAUCGGCAUCCCGCACCAGUGGGGGUAACGUCGUUCUCAGCGAGACGGAACAGGCUCUGGAGAAAGUGUGGCAGGGAAUCGUAUCCAAGGACAUCGCAGCUACCGUUACAAUCGACCGGGACACCGACUUCUUCCACGUUGGUGGUAACUCCUUGCUCCUUGUCAAACUUCAAGCACUCAUUCGCGAGAACUUCAACGCUGUUCUACCAAUGGUUGAACUGUUCGAGGCCAGCACUCUCGGGAGCAUGGCAUCAAAGAUUGAAAACGCAAGCGCGGUCGUCGCGAUCGAUUGGGAAGCUGAGACCGCUGUUCAAGCCGACUUGAUUGCCAGCAAAGCAAUCGACGGCAGACAAAGUGUCAUCUCUCCCCGCACCGGUUCAGGACUGGUCGUUCUUCUCACAGGAGCAACCGGCUUCCUCGGCCGCCACCUCCUCCAACAGUUGAAUUCCGACCCGCGAGUAUCCCAAGUCCACUGCGUCGCCGUCCGGCAAAACUCCGACUUUGAACCUCGCCAGUUAGCCGUCGAGUCCGAUAAAAUAAACAUCCACACAGGCGAUCUGACCGAGUCCAAGCUCGGCCUCUCCGACACCUCUUUCUCCGCCCUCUCCCGUGAUGUGGACGUCAUAAUCCACAGCGGCGCCAACCGAUCCUUCUGGGACUACUACCAACAAUUGCGCCUCCCCAACCUCGCUUCUACCAAAGAACUCGCACGCCUCGCAUGCCCACGCCAAAUCCCCAUCCACUUCAUCUCCAGCGGCGGCGUGCUCCAACUGGCCGGAAACGCUAGCCCCGCAUCGUCAAUGGCAUCCUUCCAACCUCCCGUCGACGGCUCCAUGGGCUACGUCGCAUCCAAAUGGUCCAGCGAAGCCUAUCUCGAAAACGCCUCCCGCGCCCUCGGGCUCCCCGUGCACAUCCACCGCGUCACGCCCGCCGCAUCCGACAGCCCCGCGACGCCCGAGCUGCUGGCCGAAUUCUCCGACCUAGCCGGCCGCAUGCAGACGCUUCCGUCGCAAGCGGGCUGGAACGGCAGUUUCGACCUCAUCCGCGUGCGCUCGCUGGCACAAGCUGUCUGCGACGCCGCGCUCGCGACUCCACUUGAAAGCAGCGAGAAGGCAACCACGUUCCAACAUCACCAGAGCGAGAUCAGGUUGCAGAUGGCGGAUGUCGCGGAGCAUCUUGAAUCGCAUGAGGGGCGGGAUACGUUUGAGAGGCUGGCGCCGCAUAAGUGGGUGGGCAAGGCGAAGGUGUUGGGCAUUGGGUAUCAUUUCGCGAGUCAGGAUUUCAGUAUAGGAGGGGAAGGGGGAAGUGGGACGUUGACGCUAAAGAGGUAG